AUGUCCUCCUUUGAUGUGGAGGGACAAAAUUGGACAUCUGCUGAAGAAUUCAUCUUUUCUGCUUUCCCUCAUGACUGGGGAGAUUCUAUCAUCUGUUUUGUUCCAUUACUCUUUGUUUACAUCUUCAUCAUUGUUGGAAACUUGAUCAUUGUUAUAGUGGUCCAAAUAGAGCCCCACCUCCAUACUCCCAUGUAUUUCUUUAUUAGUUCCCUCUCUUUCCUGGAGCUUUGGUACACCACAUCCACUAUUCCGCUCAUGCUUUCCAAUCUACUUAGUGAGAAAAAGAGUAUAUCCUUGAAUGGUUGCAUGGUCCAGUUGUAUUUUUUCCAUUCUACAGGUAUAAGUGAAGUGUGCCUUUUGACAGCCAUGGCCUUUGAUCGCUUUUUGGCUAUUUGCAGACCACUUCAUUAUCCAACCAUCAUGACUCCAAGACUAUGUGUGCAGUUGACCAUGGUCUGCUGUGUCUGUGGCUUCAUCACACCCUUGCCUGAGGUUGUGUGGAUCUCGAGACUGCCAUUCUGUGGCUCCACUUAUCUGGAACAUGUCUUCUGUGACUUCCUCCCACUCCUGCAUCUGGCCUGCACAGACACCCGAGCCAUAAUCAUGAUUCAGGUUGUCGAUGUGGUCCAUGCUGCAGAGAUUGUCACAGCUGUGUUCCUCAUCCUCCUCUCUUAUGCUGGCAUUUUGGCUGUGAUCUUGCGCAUCCGUUCAGCUGAGGGUCGUAGAAAAGCCUUCUCCACCUGUGCCUCCCACCUCAUGGUCUUUGUGUUGUUCUUUGGCAGUGUGGCACUCAUGUACUUACGUUUCUCUGCCACAUAUUCCUUAUUCUGGGACACAGUGAUUGCCCUGUCAUUCACUGUUUUGUCUCCAUUUUUUAACCCCAUUAUCUAUAGCUUGAGGAAUAAAGAGAUUAAAGAAGCUGUGAAAACAUAUGAGUCAUCCAAGGAUAUUUUCCUGUAA